AUGGCAUUGCACGGUCGCAGUCUCUCGUUAUUCAUAGUGACCCUGGUGUUCUUGUGUAUAUCUUUUACUGCCGUUGCUCUGCGGUGUUUCGUCCGACUGAGACUCGUGAAAGCCUUUGGAUGGGAUGAUGGCUUGAUGGUAUUGGCCAUGCUAUUCAAUAUCUGGUUUUCAAUAUGCGGGUUGGCUGGCUCAGUUGCCGGGAUCGGAAGAAGAUUUGAUCAGUUCGACUCGAAACAAGAUAUUCAAAAGGCUCUCCUGUGGUGGUGGCUAGGCGAGAGCGCCUAUGUGUGGGUCGUGGCACUCGCCAGAAUCUCCAUCGCAAUGCUGCUUCUCCGUAUUACCGUUCAGCGGCGCCAAUCAGCCGUCAUGUAUAUGGUAAUUGGUCUAACGGCCACCGUCGGCCUCGCCUUCUGGCUUGUUCUGACGUUGCAGUGCCAUCCGGCCAAAGAAUUCUGGCAACGAACGGGCAGAGGCCACUGCAUUAACACCCAGUAUGUACUGGACAUAUCGUACCUCUAUAGCGCGGUAGCCUGUCUUUGCGACUUCACCCUUGGACUCUUUCCUGUAUAUAUUCUAAAGGACCUGCGUAUGAGCUGGAGGACUAAAUGGGCGUUAAGAGUCGUUCUCGGCAUGGGAUGCAUUGCAGGUGCUGCCGUCGCAGCCCGUAUCCCCUUUCUCCCGGACUAUAAAGAUCCAGACUUCCUAUAUGCGACCACUAAUAUCGCUAUCUCGUCGAACAUCGAGGCCGGUCUCGGCAUCACGGCUGGAAGUCUCGUCACGCUCCGCCCACUCAUGCGCUGGUUCCGAGGCGUUAGCCACAGGGUCUCGAGCACAGCGAGAGGGGUAGCAUGUAGCAGUGACAGAACCCAGAACUCCUCCGUGCAACAGAGACACACCUCACCAAAGCAGGGGCCAUCGGACAUUGAACCAGGAAUGCUGUCGCAUCCAUCACAGGCCGAGGAACCUCAGUUUGGAGCUGAGGCGAUAUAG